UUUGCUCAGACGUUCGGCUGCGCUUGCGCAGUUGUGUAAAUACAGGUUUGUGGAAUGAGUAGACUGAGGAAGUGUAUGCUACGUGAGUGUUCCGAUUUGUCCUGAAUAGCGUUUCUUUCCUCUUCAAAUUAACAAUGGCAACACCUGAGCUCCGGACAGAGUUGGUUAAGUAUUUGGAAAGUCUGAAUAUCCAGACGGUCUGCGUAGACCAUCCACCGGUAUUCACUGUGGAAGAAAUGAUGCCUCACCUGCAAGACCUCAGUGGAGCAGUUACUAAGAACCUCUUCCUGAAAGACAAGAAGAAGAAGGGCCUGUGGCUAGUCUCUGUCCGCCAUGACCGUCCGGUCAACCUCAACGACCUGGCUAAGAAGCUAGGCUUGGGUAGCGGCAACCUCCGCUUUGCUGAGGAGGCAGCCAUGUUGGAGAAACUGAAGGUGGGCCAAGGCUGUGCCACUGCCCUGGCACUCUUCUGUGAUAAGGACCACAGCGUCAAGUUUGUCCUGGACAGCGACCUGGUCAACGGAGGCCAUGAGCGAGUUUACUUCCAUCCCAUGACCAAUGCUGUCUCUAUGGGACUAAAGCCAGAGGAUCUCUUGAAGUUUUUAAAGGAGACAGGACAUGAACCAGUUCUUCAGAGCUUUGACUAGUAAAUACCUUGAAAUUAACAUACUUACUAUCCUGUCAGACUGUGCUUUGGCUUGGUACAAGGAUUUAUUUUAAAGUUAUUUACUUUGUGCCUUUACUUCGGGUUAUCAAGAAAUGUCCAUUAUUGUAAAAAAAAUAAUCAAACAUUUGGGACAGAAUAAUGGAUGGAGAGCCCUUGUUUUCUAUGGGCAAGAGGCCAGUAGAUAGUUGGUUAUAUGUACAUGGUUGAAAGACAGUGUCGUAGUGAUUUACGGUGUUUGCAUUGCAUCUCCCUCUGCGAGAUCUAGUCAUUUACACUGUUUUGAUACUAAACACUGCAGUGUAAUAAAGGAGAUGAUGGAACUCCACUCAUAUCA